AAACUUCAAAUUAAUGUUUAAGACCUAUACAGAGAAAGGACAUCGAAUUAUAAGCGGAACGCAGGGCAGCACUAUCGCCUUCUGGAAAGGCUGCCUCGCGGAUCGCACGGAUAGUGGUCCUAGUGGCAGUUUUCUUUGGAACGGUUUAGUGUGCAUUAGUGCUGUUAAAGAUUGUCGUCAGGUUGAGUAUGGUAAAAGCGUCGCGACGCGAAUAGUAUGUACCUCAGGGUCUCAGAAAAGAAAACGUAACUAACCAAUGAGAGUGAACGCGUUUGUACGCACUUCGUUCGCGCAGCUAGUACGGCAUGCUGCGGACGUAAGUAUCGCAGGAAUGUGAUUCGGCGGUGGGCAACGCGCUGACACCAAACGAGGACGACGAGGUGGAGGUUGUGAACUCAGGAGUGGUGUGCUCGAGAGCGUAAGGUCGAUGGGUGCUCAGGAUCGGACUUAUGUGUGAGCGACGCUCGUUCUGGAGGACGUCAUCGACACUACUGAGGGUAGAGCGCAGGAUGCUGCUGCCAGACGCUGGAAAAUGGCCGUGAUCGGCGAGGCUAGAUACCUGGUACAUGUUAACUCGUACGGCGAUUCGUCCUGUCCAAGAACCAGGAGUCAUCCCAGCCUCAGGGAUAGAACUUGGACGAUGUCCACCUCGAGGAUCGUGGAUUCGGACCUCAUCUCAAUCAAUGACGAUACGUGCACCGAUCCGUUACGUUACGAGUUACAAAAUAUACAAAGUGUCAUCCAUGUCACGCGGCAAAACAUUGAUGCCCUCAACAAUCGGUUUGCUGGCUUCCAGCAUCCACCUUCGAUUUAUCUGACUGAAUAUCAGGAACUAACUAGCAAACUUCAUGAAUUGGAGUCGAAGGAACAGAAGCUCAAUGAACUUCUUAAUUCCAGUGUGGCUGAUGAGUCUCAAACUCCUUCGAGACUACGAUGUCCCAGGACUCCUCUUAAGUCGCUGCUACGUGCACAUUUACCCAAUCAGCAGCGUACCAGUGUACAGGUCAGGGAAGGACUCUCAUUACGGGAUGCACUUGCAAAAGCCAUGAAGCUGCGCAACCUUACAACUGAGAUGUGUGUUGUGUACAUAGUUGGUGCUGAUAAUUCCAAGUUUCCCAUACCAUGGGAUACAGAUAUCUCUUCCCUGGAAUGUGAUGAAAUCUCUGUUGAGAUACUUGACAAAUUCCCUAUCACCACAUCUAUAUCUCACAACUUUGUGCGCAAGACCUUCUUCUCAUUAGCAUUCUGCGAGUGCUGCCGUAAGUUAUUAUUUCAAGGAUUUUACUGUCGCACUUGUAACUACAGAUUUCAUCAGCGAUGUGCUGGAGGUGUACCUGCACUGUGCCAUCAAGUGCGCAUGCAAGAUGCUUACUAUCAAGCACUUCUUGCACAUAAUCCUGAGACCAGUGCUGGUAUAUUACAGUUACCCUCUGGCUAUGGUCUCAGCAGGAGUAUGUCACCAUCGUUGGCUCCAGCAGGCAAUCAGAGGCAUCCUAGGUCCUUAGGACAGCACGACCGAUCCAGUUCCGCACCGAACGUAUGUUUCAAUAUGGUCAAACCUGGUGGAGAUCCAGCAAAUCUAGAAGAAUAUGUUCGCUCACAAAGCCUCGGAAGGCCAGCAGGUACGACACAGAGUCCUGUAUCUCCAGGAAGCAGUCCAACGAAACAUAGCCAAUCUACACAAGCAAGUCCUACGAGUACUCUGAGACCAAAACGACCCAGAGCACGUUCUGCCGACGAAUCCUCAAAGAAUUUACUGGCUCCACGAGAGUCCAUAGAAGACUGGGAAAUUCCUGCGGAUGAGAUCCUGGUAGGGGCUCGUAUUGGGUCAGGAUCCUUUGGAACCGUUUAUAAGGCCCACUGGCACGGUCCUGUGGCAGUAAAAACUUUAAACGUAAAGAUUCCCACAAUGGCUCAACUUCAGGCAUUCAAAAAUGAGGUAGCUGUCCUCAGAAAGACACGUCACGUCAAUAUAUUACUUUUCAUGGGCUGUGUUAGCAAACCGCAAUUGGCCAUCGUGACUCAAUGGUGCGAAGGAUCUUCACUGUACAAGCAUCUCCAUGUAUUCGAGGAGAAGUUCGAACUUCUCACUUUGAUAGAAAUUGGCAGACAAACUGCACAGGGUAUGGACUAUCUUCACGCAAAGAACAUCAUCCACAGGGAUCUCAAAAGCAACAACAUAUUCCUCCAUGACGAUCUCACCGUAAAGAUCGGUGAUUUUGGUCUGGCGACUGCGAAAACAAGGUGGUCCGGAUCCCAGCAAUUUCAUCAGCCCACUGGAUCUAUCCUUUGGAUGGCACCGGAAGUGAUUCGAAUGCAAGAAGAGAAUCCCUAUAGUUUCCAAUCGGACGUCUACGCAUUUGGAGUGGUCCUGUUCGAACUGCUCGCCGGCCAGCUGCCCUACUCAAACAUCAACAAUAAGGAUCAAAUCCUUUUUAUGGUCGGUCGUGGUUACUUACGUCCUGAUCUUAACAAAGUCAGAUCCGAUACUCCAAAGGCCCUCAAGAGGCUCACCGAGGACUGCAUAAAGUUCUCACGAGAUGAGAGACCAAUAUUUCGUCAAAUCCUUGCGAGUCUCGAAGGUCUUCUACGUGGUCUCCCGAAGAUUACCAGGUCGGCCUCGGAACCGAACUUGAACAGGACACAGUUGCAGUCCGAUGACUUCCUCUACGCAUGUGCGUCGCCCAAGACGCCUGUUAAUUUUCAAUUUGGAGCCUUUCCGUUUUAUCCAACUGGUGGUAACAUAUAACGUAGCAUUUUCUAGACGGAAGUUGACGUAGAUGAUGUCAAUGGAACUGGCGUCGAUAAUACCACUUAGCUAUGAACAAUCUGCAUAAUUUUUUUCAAUUACAUUCGAUCACGUGUCGUGUGAUUAUCAUUCUUCGACUAACUGACAGAAGCCCAAGGGAUAUCAAAUAUUAUGACUAAGAUAGAGAAUGAAAAGGAGAAUGAGACACUAGGUACACGCGAGGUCAGAAAACGGCACGUGUGAGAUUAAAGAAUGAGACUCAAGAGCGAAAGGAAUAUAAGAUAAAGAGGUAUCCAAUGUGAGAGGUUAUAUGCUUAGACAUUAAUGAAUGAAAGAAAAAUUAUCAAAGGCAUCGGGACGAAUGAAUUCCACGUGUGCACGUUGCUUUGCGCAAAGUGAUUUUCGUGUUUACUAGUAUUCAAAUGAAGCAACAAAAAAAAGUAAAAGGAAGCUGAAAUGAUGAAUCCCCGGAUACAUAAUUCUUCUUCCCGAAUGUCGCGAGUCUAUUCGUCUAAAUGUAUAUAAGCGUGAUUAAUUGGAAGUGCGCAAGAGAAUUUUCCGUGCUUACGAGCAAAUUAGAAUGAUAACGAACGUAUGCGUCCGCGUGGUACGAAUGUUGGAAAGUAUAGCUAAAUUAAUAUAAAAGACGGGAAAGGCCGUAAGAAUGGGUGUGAGAUAAUAGCGAUAAUUCCAUUUUCGUGGAAUCCUUGAAAAGGAUAUAAAAAAGAAACGAAAAACUAAUAAACGUAAUUAUUAGGAAAUUAGUGGACGAAAAUUAGACGUUGCGCCCUACGAUCGUGUUCCUCUCUCUUUAGAGUUCGUUUCAUUUUUAUUCGACUUUAUUCUUUAUUUAUUUCGCGGACAUUAACCAUUUUUAUCUUACCUGCGUUCACUCUACAUAAUUAAUUUUUUAAUUUUUUUGUACUAUCGAAUAUUUAUGCAGGACCACGUGGAACAUGUGAGUAUUUUAUUGUCUAUUAUCUUUACAUUUUAUAGUUUUUAUUCUUCUUAGUAAAAACAAUAAGAAAACGAAUACAAAGUAUAAGCUUGUUAAUCUAGUGGACAUUCAUAAUCAUUUUUUGGCUAUUCUCAGUGGGACGAGAGUAAGUGCGUUAUCAUCGCCAAAUUCAAAAAUAAAAUUAACAUACUUUUUUCAUCUUUCCUACUCUCUUUUGCUCCCGAAUGAAGUGACAAAAGAAAAAUCGAACGGGCUGCACACUUUUAUUUAUUUAUUUAUACGAUCCGUUGUGCGGCAAGACUGUCGAAAAGAUGAAUGAUAAAUUCUCUAACUCAUUUGCACAUGUGAAUGUUAUGGAAAGUACACUUAACGAACAAGAUGAUGUAUGCUAGUGAAUUUGCGGAAAAAAACUAUGUAACGGUGAGAGAUAAAAAAAAUGUGUCAAUGUGCGAGAAACUGAGAGAGAAUGCAAGAAUAAGUGUGAAUAAUAUAGAAAUAAAAAAAAAAUGAAACAACCAAGAAAUAAACGCUUAGCACUUAAUGACGCUUUCUCAUAACAGGGAAAACAGUGAAACCAUGAAACAUAUUUACAAUAAUCUCGUGAAACCGAUAGAAACAGAGAAAAAUGGCCAGCCAUACGUUAGACAGAAUUGUAGAUCUACGGAAUUGCGAAGAGAUUGCCAAUUAACGUAUAAAACAAAAGAUACUAAAUAAAAUGCAAGAAAAUGUCACUUAACGAAGCUUCAAACUAUUUUCUUGGGUUUCUAAUCUCAUCUUUGACAUUUUCUUGCUCGUGUUCUCGGAUGACAUUCCUCUGUAAGAUUGCCUCCUACCGAGACCACCGAAUUUCGCAGUGUAUUUUAAUGUCACUUUUUUCGAAUGUAAAGAAAAUGGACGUACUUGCAAGCGUGUGAGAGCCUGCGGUUUUUGCGAUAUUGCAAAUCCUCGAGGCAACAAUUGUUCCGUGUAUAAAAGUGCCGCUAAAGGUACGAUACGGCGCGAAACGAUAUAAAAAAAAUACAAAAGAUGGGCUAUCUAUCGAUUCCUCUUUGAUUUAUUCUUGCUUUUCGUCGGUAUUACUUAGUAUUUUCAAAAAUUGCCACGCGACCUACUCACUGUAAAAGGGAAUAAGCGAGAACAGAAUGGGACAAAAAAAUAUACGCUAAUAUCUCUUUCUCGAUCUGCGAGAUACGAGACGUUUAUAAUUUACAUUCGAUAUACUUAAAUGAAUUAAUUGCCAGGUGAGGUUGAACGAACGAUAGAUCAAUCACUAUUGUAUCCUUUAUUCAAUUCCCUUCCCAUUCUCCAUACCGUUACCUCCGAAAGAAUGAAAAGAAAACCAAAAAUAAAAAAUUCAAUUUAUCUUCGCGUA